GGGAACCAUUUUUCGUAUGCAGGCUCAGUCCAGCGACCGAAUUGUGGCCUUUCAAAAAACUAGAGCUCAGAUUCAAUAUGUUUCCAAUUUUUCUAAUGGUUCGAUUCGAUGCUCAGAUCUCGAUCUCGAGCUCUGCUCGUCAAAACUCUAGCUCUCCGCCUUCCUCUCAACCACACCCUUGUCCAAUCCUUUCCCCAAAUCUCUUCUCUUUCCAAUUCGCUCCGACUCCAGCUAGGGAUUCAUAAAGGGUUUAAGAGAAUCGUGACGAGUGAAUUGGGCAAGUCUUCAUCAGUGAUGGCUGAUAGAGUGGAGAAUCUUAAAUUGCUAACUGCAGUGAAUGAUCACCAUGGAGGUGUCGUUGUUGAGUUGAAGGCUCCCAUGGAUGCUGCUGCUUUUGUACAGUCGUUGAGAGCAUCGAUUGCUUACUGGCGGCAGCAGGGGAAAAAAGGUGUUUGGAUAAAAUUGCCAAUUGAACUUGCAAAUCUUGUUCAACCAACCGUCGAGGAAGGAUUUUGGUACCACCAUGCAGAACCCAGUUACUUGAUGCUUGUAUAUUGGAUCCCAGCUACCCCACAUACAUUACCUGUAAAUGCUUCUCACAGAGUGGGUGUUGGUGGUUUUGUGGUCAACAGUAAGAAAGAGGUGCUUGUGGUUCAGGAAAAGACCGGCAUGUUGCAAGGUUCAGGCAUAUGGAAGUUUCCUACGGGAGUAGUUGAUCAAGGUGAAGAUAUAUUUGCUGGAGCAAUGAGAGAAGUGAAAGAAGAGACAGGAAUUGACACUGAAUUUGUUGAAGUCCUUGCAUUCAGGUUCUCAUCUUCAGCUUCCAAGCUCUCGUCUACCAAGGCUCUUGACUGGUUCCCAUCAGCUCCAGCUCUUAACUGGUUCCCAUCAGCUCCAGCUCUUAACUGGUUCCCAUCAGCUCCAGCUCCUGACAGAUCAGAUGCACUGUUCACGAGGUGACACUGUUCAUACGGGAAGUUACCCACUCUGAUACCAUGAAAGAAAAGAUACAGAGAGGAAAACUCUCUUUUUUAUUGUAUAUAUUAAUAUGAAUUACAUCAGUAUUUAAAUAGGAUAGGGCUUAAGACAAGGUUCCUAAAUUAAGGAACAGAAAAUAGUAAAAAAGAGGAAAAAACAAGGAAACAAUUAAAAAUAGAAAUAUCCUAUUAAUUCAAAUUCUAAUUUCCUAGUUCUAUGGAAUCAGAUUUCCUAACUUUCCUACAAUGUGUGAUUGAUAAGAUAUGAAUCUAGGUUGCUUGAAUCUAGCUAGGUGAUUAUGGUGUAUGGUCACUACCACUUCACCAAGAAUCUCAAGUCAUGGUCAGAAUUGAGGAUUAUUAUUUUAUUUUUUCUACAGUCAAGUUGGAUUUAAGGUUGCCCUCAACUCAUCAUCAAGAUUUUGGUGGUAACAGUUGAUCGUCAUGGUUUUGUGACAGCCGCUGCAUACAGGAAGGUUGUGUGGGCUGUUAUUGAUUUGGCAGGUAGCCCAUGGGUAUUCAAAUGGAGGUUUAUUCACCAAAGGCCCAAUAGUAGGAAGUGCUUUUAAUGAUUAUGUGGAGUAUAACCAUGCAUCCAAAAGGAUAGAAUAUGAUGGAUGGGGAUACCUUGGUGGACCCAAGACCUAAUGGCUUGAUGAGUUUUUUGGUCACAAAUUGUAGCCAAGUCAUACGUAAGUUUAUCUAUAAAUCUUCUGAAUUAACUUAUCUCCUUGAGAUCAUAUAGAUAUGAUUUUAAUAAUUUGAACUGGUCGAAUAAUUUAGCUUUCAUUCUUUUCCCUCGUCGGUGCACUGUACACAUAAAUGUAAGCUUCCUUAUAGUUUUUUCGGUAUUUCAAUUAAUUUAAUCUGGUGGAAUGUAUUUAAUCUUAUGAUAUGUUCUUCCUUAUCAAAGUUCUGCAUAGUUUUCUUCCAAUCAUGCACCUUCUUUUUCAUCUAUUGCUGUUUGGAAAAGUAAACGUGACAAAGAAUGCCAUGUGAUUACCAUUAUGGCAGUAUCUCAUAGGAGUUGGCCUGUAGUUAUACACUUCAUAAUGACAUGGUUGUUUAUCUGUUAGUUCCCGUAUAAUGGCAUUUCAUUAAUAUGCUCCCUUAUCUUUUUUGUUACUAUACCUAGCAAAAACAUCCACCAGAGUAACUUCUUUCCAAUUUGCUAGAGUAUUCCGGCAGUAGAAGAUGGUUCUGUUCUUUUAUUUUCUAGUUUCUUUAGUGCUAGACUUGGCAAAAUAGUAUGAGUUUCCUUGUGAAUAUUGUUGUUGGGUGUUGGU